AUGGCUGUCAAUUUCGAGGACCAAACAACCUUGUUUAACUUCGUGGUCAAACAAGGUAACGGCGUGAAGGGUCUGAUAGACUCAGGCAUGUCUUGUGUUCCAAAGCCUUUCAUCCAACCUCUCUCUGAGCGAAUCGCGACCCCAAACGCCCGUACGUGUGAAGCUGCUCAGCCAAUUGAUCUUUCCCAGCUAGACGGUCCACACCACAAGGAGGUGACUAAACAGAUCGUUAAAGCCUCCGAGACGCUUGGCGUCUUCCAGGUGGUGAACCAUGGUGUUUCUCUGGAGCUGCUUGAAUUGCUAAAGACGUCGGCUCAUGAGUUCUUCGCACAACCUCCGGAGAAAAAAGCGAUUUACCUAAAAGAAGUGAGUCCAAGCAAGCUAGUUAAGUACGGAACGAGCUUCGUGCCAGAGAAGGAGAAGGCCAUUGAGUGGAAGGAUUAUGUGAGCAUGCUUUACACCAACGACCGUGAGGCUUUGCAACACUGGCCUCGACCAUGCAGAGACGUGGCACUUGAGUUCCUAAAGUCAUCGAUGGAAAUGGUGAAAAGGGUAGUUGAAGUUUUGAUGGAGAAUAUAGGAGUGAGACUGGAAGAAGGGAGAAUGAAUGGUUUGAUGGGAACCAAGAUGGUCAACAUGAACUAUUAUCCAACGUGUCCUAGCCCCGAGCUGACCAUCGGUGUUGGUCGUCACUCCGACAUGGGAAUGUUGACCGUUUUACUACAAGACGGCAUUGGUGGUCUCUACGUUAAACUAGACAAUGGUGAAUGGGCCGAGAUCCCUCCUCUCGACGGAGCUUUGGUCGUCAACGUCGGCGACACUUUGCAAAUUCUGAGCAAUGGGAGGUACAAAAGCGCUGAGCAUAGGGUUCGAACCACAAACAUGGGAUCGAGAGUCUCUAUACCGAUUUUCACGGCACCUAAUCCCUCAGAGAAGAUCGGUCCGUUGCCUGAAGUUGUGAAGCGUGACGGGGUGGCUCGUUAUAAGGAGUUGUUGUUUCAAGACUACAUGUAUAAUUUCUUCGGCCAACCACACGAUGGUAAAAAAUCUCUCGAUUUCGCACGUGCCGAUUGA